AUGAGGGUGGAGAAUAGUAGCAAGGACGAGACAAUCAUUUUGGAAGAUGGCAUGACCCAAGUGGUGGAAGGAAGCCUGAUUCACAUUCGGAUCUAUGGUAAAGAAAUCCACAAAUUCAGCUGGCGGAGGAUUCGGUUUGUGGAGAUGACUUCCUUGAGUACUUUUAUCAGGAACUUUUCAGUCUGCCCUCAAGGAACAAGCGAUUUAUUGAUACAGCCGUACCUCGGCGAUGUGCAAAAUACUUCCGCCAUACUCUCUGUGAAGGUCCAGAUCCUGCGGAAGAAUAUCCACUUCAAGGACUACAUUAUAUGCCUUCAGGAUCAUCAUGGGAGAUCACGCCAGCUGCUCAGGGAGAGUCACCUGCUGCUCCGAGUGAUAGAGGACAAAAGUUUGCAGCUACCCCUCUGGCUUCAAAUUACUAUAGUAAUUACCCUCUUGGCGCUCUCAGGGCUCUUUAGCGGCCUCACCCUAGGCCUCAUAGCCCUUGACCCUAUGGAAUUGCGCAUUGUGAAAAAUUGUGGCACGCCCAAGGAGAGGAAAUAUGCCACAAAGAUCGAACCCCUCCGAAUAAAGGGGAAUUAUUUGCUCUGUUCUCUGCUGCUGGGUAACGUUUUAGUCAAUUCUUCUCUCACCAUAUUGUUGGACACAGUUAUUGGGGAAAACAUUUGGUCUAUUGUGAUGGCUACUAUUUCCAUCGUCCUCUUCGGGGAGAUCCUUCCACAGGCCAUCACCUCCCGUCAUGGUUUGGCAAUAGGUGCCAACACUGUUUUCAUCACCAGGUUGGUUAUGUUUCUCACAUUCCCAGUCGCUUACCCUAUCAGUAAGCUCUUGGACUACUUCCUUGGGAAAGAAAUGGGCACCGUCUACAACCGAGAGAAACUGAUGGAGAUGCUUCGGUUGACUCAGCCUUAUAACGACUUGUUGAAAGAAGAGCUGAAUAUCAUCGAAGGAGCCCUGGAGUUGAGGACUAAGACGGUGGAAAGUGUCAUGACGCCAUUAAAAGACUGCUUCCUUAUCAGCAGCAAUGCCAUCCUGGACUUUGAUACAAUGACCGAGAUCCUAAAGAGUGGCUACACCCGUAUCCCAAUCUACAAGAAUGAGAAAGGGAACAUUGUUGACAUGUUGUAUGUCAAAGAUCUUGCAUUUGUUGAUCCAGAUGAUUGCACCCCACUCAAGACAAUCACCAAUUUUUACAACCACCCAAUCCAUUAUGUCUCUGACACUACCAGGUUGGAUGCUGUGCUUGAAGAAUUCAAAAAAGGUAAGUCUCACCUGGCCAUUGUCCAAAAGACGCAUGAGGUUAACCAUGAACAAGUCUUUGAAGUGGUGGGCAUAGUAACCUUAGAGGAUGUCAUUGAAGAAAUCAUCAAGUCUGAAAUUGUGGAUGAAUCGGAUAUUUAUGUUGACAAUCGAUCUAAAAGAAAAGUCACUGGCCUAAGGAAGUGGGAUUUCUCUGCUUUCAGGGAUUAUGAAGUCGAAACAAAGAUCUCCAAACAAUUACUCUUGGCUGCCCAUCGCUUUCUCUCCACAGAGAUCCUGCAAUUUUGCCCCACCCUCAUCCCUGAAAAAUACCUCUUGCGUCUGCUGAAGCACCAUGAUGUCAUUUGUGAGCUGAAAUUUGAUGAGAACUUCAAGGACUCCCCGCACCAUUACUUGUACCAACGGAAUAAGAUGGCAGAUUAUUUCAUCCUCAUCUUGCAGGGGAAGGUGGAGGUAGAAGCGUGUAAAGAAAACAUGAAGUUUGAGAAUGGACCCUUCUCCUACUAUGGGUUCAUGGCUCUUGGGCCGUCUACCAUAGCAGGGGUUGAACCCAGCACUGUGGCUCGUUUGAACAGCAUCAGCCGGAAGAGCUACGAACAGAUGAGUUCUGCCUACAUCAGCAGCGCCAGCACCAACCAGGUUCUCCCCAGCACCAGCCUGCAAUAUAUGGCUGACUUCACUGUCCGAGCCCUUAGUGACCUCCUGUAUAUCAAGAUCACCCAGGAGCAAUACCAGAACUGUUUACUGACCUCCUUAAUAGACAGCAGUGCCACUGAAGAAUCUACUAAGACGCCUGACCUCUUGACCUCUUUCCCAAACAAUUCUCUAUCCAAUAUGGAGCCGGUCAGAGAAGAAACAUCUGAACCAGAAUAA